ACGAAACAUAGUGAUUAGAAAAUAUUAUUUUGUAAAAAAUUUGAGAAAAUGUCAACAUUUAAUUCUGUGGAUUCUCUGCAAUCCCAGUUUCAGAUUGGCAAGCUACUUGGAACAACCGGUUCUCUUGGAGCUUUUGUGCACCUCGCAAAAUAUAAGAAAAAUGGUAAAUGGGUUGCCAUCAAAAAAUACAAUGAAGGUGGACUGGAGGGAACUAUUGAGACAAGAGCAGAGGAGGAUGCCGCGCACUAUAUUCAGCAUGAGGUGACCAUGAUGAAACUUCUCUGCCACGAGAAUAUACUCAAGUGUGUUUCAUCAAUAGUUGUAGAUUCUCAGAUAUGGAUUGUAACUCCACUGAUGGUCUACGGAAGUGUUAGUAACCUUCUUAAAGAACAUUUCCAAGAAGGACUUUCUGAGCUUGCCUGCUGUUUCAUCAUUAAAGAUUUACUUCACGCUCUUCAGUAUAUUCAUGAUCAGGGUGUUGUACAUAGAUCAGUCCGAUGUUCCCAUCUCCUGAUCAAUGAAUCUGGAAGAUGUGUUCUCACUGGAUUCAGAUAUUCAACUCCGCUGAAUGCUAUUGGAGAUCAGAGUUCUACCCUAUAUGAUUAUCCUCUCCACUGUAUCACCAGUAACCUCGAGUGGUUGGCGCCGGAAAUACUGAAACAGAACCUACUGGGUUACAGUGAGACAAGUGACAUCUACUCCCUCGGCGUGGUAGCGUGUGAGAUGGCAAACGGAAUUGUCCCCUUCAGUGAUUUCCCCGCCACGCUAAUGUUUAUUGAGAAGCUUAAUGGAUCCUCUCCUAGACUAAUGGACUUCAACACUAUCAACGCAGCUAAACAGGUGAUCAUUACAGGGUUACCCACAGAG